AUGAGCCCGACUCGCAGACUGAGCAAGCCAACCGUCGGCCGUAUCAUCAAUCAAUCGAUCGCCGCGCUCCGGGAUCUUCACGAGAUCGGCUACUUGCACAGAGACGUCAAACCGGCCAAUAUGUGCUUUGGGAUAACUGCCAAGGUAUUUCUUCUGCGCUUCCCUUUGAUUCCAUUCCAUUUUUUUGCGUCAGAAUCGUCAUGUCUUGAUGCUUCUCGACUUCGGAUUGGUGCGUCGAUUUAAAGAACCUGAUGGAGAAUGGCGGCAGCACCGUCCGAAAGCAGGAUUUCGAGGAACCCAGAGAUACGUGUCGGUCCGUGUGCACGCAAGACUCGAACAGACGCCCGCCGACGAUCUGGUCUCUCUUCUGUACACUUCAUUAGAGCUGUUAACUGGAGAACUGCCGUGGAGAAGUAUGGAGAAAAGCGAGGAUAUCUGGAAGAUUAAGGAAGCCAUGGUGGGUGGACUAGGAGUUCUCUUGUAAUAUCUGCAAGCGAUUACAGCAUCACGGACAUAUGGACUAUUUCCACGCGUCGGCCCGCGAACUCUUCGACUUUUCAAAGCUGGUCUCUGGACUCGAUCCGAUGGCCGAUCCUCCAUACGCCACUCUUCAGACAUGCGUCAAAAAGUUAUACGUGCCAAGGAAACUCGUGGAUCUCUACGAUUGGGAAGAGAAUUUCAAGGAGGCGCUGUUGGAAAAGACGUUGUCGACCGACGAGAGCACUAAAUAG